GACAUCCUAUUCCAAAUAUCACGAUCAGAAAUGACUGCAAUUCUCGUUGGCGACUCUUUGGUCAAAUAUCUCGGACGGUACACUGAGAGAGAAGACAUAGUUACGAGAUCGCUGUCAGGAGCCAAGGUGGCUGACGUCCCCGAUCUCCUCUGGGACAUUGAGAGGUUUAAGUUCGUCAUUGUCCAUGUUGGGAUAAAUGACUUGGCUUACAUGCCCAGAGCGCCGAGACAGGUCUUGGACGACUUCAUCAAGCUGCUCGGCUGUUUAAGGGAACGGAACCCACGGUAUGUCAUAUCAUCUCCUGUCAUACACAAUCCAAUAUUUGCAUGUAAAUUACCGGCUUUUGAGCUGACUUCGCAAUGCAUCAUCACACAUAGUCCAUAA